AUGGUGGGGAAAUUGCUGCUACUCCUUUCCCAGCUUUCACUUCGUCAUUCUCUUGAAAUCCGCGAGCUUCAAUCCGCUGUGUUCCGAACUGUGGUGAUCUCCAAAGACUCCCCGUUUGUCAGCGAGGCUCAGGAGGCUACGCGCAUUUUUACAGAGAAAGCAAAGGGUGCGCGCGAACAGCGCAACCACAAGAUGCUGGAGGAUUUAGGCGAGCCGCAGUACCACAGUUGGGCAGCGAUGGUGAAGGUUGCCGUGAGUGAUGGGCAGGCGACUGGUGAAGAUGCAGAGGUGCUGAAGCAGCACUUCAACAGUGUCACGGCGGUGUCAGAUCUGAUUGACAGGGUGCUCAUUGCAAAGGUCAAGCGUUGCUUCGACAAAAAGAUGAACAAGAUCCACUUUGCGGUGUGCCCUGACAUGUCGCCGAUCCUCGAUGCCUUGCUCCGCACCAUCGGUAAAGCUGGUGGUCGCAUCAAGCGAGGCACAGCUCCGCGCUCUGGCAAUGAACGUGAGCUGCAAGAUCUUGUCGACAAACUGAGCAAGAUCGUAGGUGACGUGUGA